CUCUUCAUAUUUUUACACGCACGCCGGUGCGUGACGCGUUGCUAUUAUAUUUUGCCUUCGAAAAUUCGGUCGUGUGACAAAAGGUAAUACGCUAUUGGCGUCAUAUCUGCAUCCGAACGUUCUCCAUAAACCCGGGAAACACCAACACAUCCUGUAUACGUAAACGCGUGCUCGUGUUAAAAAAUCGUUCAAUAGACAGCGAGCCACCGGAUAAUAACGACCCAUCAUGUCACGGUUCUACGUGUCGCUGGUGAACGUAGUUGCCGUCGCGUUGACAAUGAUCAGCGUCGCGAGCACCUCGGAAAAAGUGAAUCGCGGACUCGGUCAGAUCGAAAAACCGAUCAUGUUUCGAGCUGGUGACAUAGGCUCUUUAAAAAAUCGGGACGUGGUACCAUUUGCCGAUUCGUCGUCUAUUUUCUUUUUACGCAAAUGCAAACCGCAGUAUCAGUAUCAGAAGCUAGACAGGAUCGAUCCUACUACUACUACUACCACCACCACUGCCGCUCCGAGAGCUUGCAUCUGCGUACCUUUCUACCUAUGCGACAGUAAUCGGACUAUUAUCACCGAUGGAAGUGGAGUAAUCGACGUGCGGUGAGUUAAUCAUCAAAUUUAUUUUUAAUUUAUUAAACACGUGCCAUCUAAGGGGCUAAACUUAUCCAUUGUU